AGCAAAAAAUGUCGAUUUUGGCCCAAUUUUUUAAGAAAAGUAUGUUUCUGUCGGUUUUUUUCUCACAAAGCUGCACAACAAAAAAGAAAACAUUUUUAAACGCUCAGGCGCAUAAAAAGCGACAUAAUCGUCUUUAUCUAUGAACGUCACGUCAAAGUGGUCAAAACUGUCAAGCGCGUGGAAGCGACAUGUUGGUGUAGGUUGUUAGAGUAGCCGAAAAAGAGCCAUGGUUUCCCCAAAGACCGUCUUAGGAUUGUGUGCAGGCGUUUCGGCGAGCAUCUUCAUCGGAUAUUGCAUAUAUUUCGAUAAAAAGCGCCACAGUGAUCCCGAUUUCCAGAGGAAACUGCGAGAACGUCGUCGGGCACAAAAGGAGGCGUCGGGUAGCAAACGAUGCACGACAGUAUUUCCCGACAUGAAAGACCACGAAGCCGUACAGCGAUUCUUCCUGCAAGAGAUUCAGCUGGGAGAGGAGCUUCUUGCCGCUGGCGACACUGACAAUGGCGUCGAACACUUAGGAAACGCUGUGGCUGUUUGCGGCCAGCCGAACGAUCUGCUACAGGUGCUGCAGCAGACUUUGCAGCCGCAGGUGUUUCACAUGCUGAUCAAAAGACUGCCUGUGAUUGCCCCGCGCUUAUUGAAGGCUCAACCCCCCAACGAGGACUUUUUUGAAGAUGACGUGGAGUAAAGUCUUACGGGCCUUGCUAGCGAAAAAUGGUAGUAGUCGUUCUGACAUUCACUUCUGGGUUUGGGCAAUAAAUUAUUUAGGAACUUUAUAAUUGUGUUCAUGUCGUUUGUUUAUGUGUGCCGCGUGGAUGUAUAAUCACAGAUUUCGUUUAUAGUCACACUGCUAUCAAACCUCUACGUCCAUUUCCAUUAUUUCAGCGCUACAAAGCGUGUUCACUCUUCAUCCCUCGAAUAGCUGGCAUUUUUUGCUAUGGCCUUGGUAAAUUCAGUACAAUGUAUAGGUAGCGACAAGGAAUCUAUGCGGGUGUUUUUAUAUUGUGUUUCCAUGUUUAAUGUAAAUAAAGUUGCAGUUCCGA